AAAUUUUUCAAUAUAUAUCUGGAAGACUUAUAAGAUAUCCGAGAUAAACCAAUUUUGCAGUCGAAAAUUGUUUUAUGUCAUUCAAUGAGACAAUCUUGGAGGAUGACAUUUACAACCUGAUGCAAGGAUCAUACCUUGAGCUAGGUAGUCGCUUCCAGGUUACCACGUGCUUUGGCGUCGCCUUGCCUGUCAAUCAAACCAAAGUUGUUGUUUUUUGUUGUUGUUGACUGUCAACAAGUUUAGGAUUUUAAGGGAAAAUAUUUCAGCACUAUGACGUCUGAAGAGGGUGGUACAAUGAACGCUUUUAAAGAAGGCUGGUUCACUGAGAUUGACAAGCUGUGGCCAAGUAUAGCUCUAUCACUGGAAGUCGAUUCUGUGUUGUAUAAAGGGAAGUCAAAAUUCCAGAGCAUCCAAGUCCUUCAAACGAAAUCUCUCGGGAAGGCAUUGAUCCUCGAUGGCAUCAUUCAAUGCACGGAAUUUGACGAAUUUUCCUAUCAGGAAAUGAUCUCAUACCUGCCGCUUCAUAGCCACCCAAAUCCACAAAAGGUUUUAAUCGUUGGAGGAGGCGAUGGUGGUGUUGCAAGGGAAGUGGCGAAACAUCCUUCCGUAAAAGCAAUAGAUCAAGUUGAAAUCGACGACCUCGUCAUGGAAGUCUCCAGAAAGUAUUUACCGAGCUUGUCGCAAGGUUUAGACCAUCCUAAACUGACUUUACACGUCGAGGAUGGUUUCGUCUUCCUCAAAAAUAGAAAGAACGAAUACGACGUGAUCAUUACAGACUCCUCAGAUCCCGUUGGUCCAGCUGUGCCUCUGUUUCAACAGCCGUAUUUCGAACUGAUGAAAUCGGCUUUAAAGCCGAACGGUAUCGUCUGUUCCCAAGCCGGAACACCUUGGACAAAUUUAGAUAUUGUAGUCAAUACGUUUAAAAACUGUAAGCAAGCCUUUCCGGUAGUCUCUUACGGCUACACGUCCGUUCCGACAUACCCGAACGGACAGAUCGGAUUCGUUUUAGGCAGUUUGAACCUGGAGACGAAUUUUAAAGAACCUCUUAAGACAAUGACUGACGAAGAUUUAGAACAAAUGAAAUUUCGCUAUUAUACUUCUGAAGUCCACCGAGCGGCUUUUGCAUUGCCGAAAUUUUUAAGAGACGCCCUUCAAAAAGUUUGAUUUCUUAAACUUUUAAAAAUUCAGCAGAAGGAUAUUAAAACAUUCCAGAAGAUGUAUGUUUGUUAUUAACUUUUCAUUUUGAGUUAUUUUAUAUAAUACAUGUUAUUAGAUAAUGGCA